GACUAGUGGUUAUAAAAAAUAUGUUAUAAUGUUUCUCAAUUAAUAUAUAAGAGAUACGACCGACACAUGCAUUAUCAUAUGUACUCAUUUUUGUUUUUAAUUUUUAGUUGUCCUUAUUUACCAAAGAACUCCGACACUAUAUAUUGUCAUCCAAUUAGGAUUCACGAUAUUACUCUCAUCACAAAACUUUUGGCCAUUGAUAAAUACUCUUUCAAAUAAUGGAACCAAAACACAAAGCUUUGCCUGUAGGAUUCAGGUUUCGUCCAACAGAUUGUGAGAUUUCAAAAUAUUUCUUGACGAGAAAAGCUCUGGAACAACGAAUGAGAGCUCCCAAUGUACCUGAAGAGUGUCAUGAUAUCUUCUCAAGACGUCCUCGUGACCUGCCUGGCUAUCCAAGAGAAACGCAUUGGUACUUUUAUUGCAGAAAACUUAACGGCCAAGUUACUUUCAACCCUCAUAGUAUUUGGAAACAAAUCGGAGAAGAAACUGGUGUGUUAGAUCCAAAGAAUAAUGAUACAUUAGUCGGUAUCAAACGUCCAUUCACUUUCGUUGAUCAUGAAGAGCCCGACGAUAUUCUUUUGUCAGAUAAAGACGAAUCUCCACAAUACAAUUGGUUCAUGGAUGUAUUUAGCCUCCCGUUGACAAUUUCAGAGACUGAUUGGGUUUUGUGCCAUGUUUUUCGCAAGAAUAACGAACCUGAAUCCGAAGAAGAAGGAGAAAAUGAAGAAAAAGAAACGGUUGAUGCAGAGAGUUUGGAUCUUCUUAUAGAGAAAGAUGGAAAUAUUCUUCCUCCAUCUCCUUCUCCACCUUAGCUUCUUCUGAUGGCUUGCUUUAUGAAGAUGUUCUUAAAAACGGGUGGGUUAGUUUUUUUAAGAAUUAUUAUUAUACUUAUUAUGUAGUUUUGUCACGAAUAAAAAAAAAUAAAGAACAAAUUGUAAAGAUCAGUUUAUAAGAAUCGGAAUGAAAGCACAACAGAAUCUCAUCAGUAAUAAUAAUAAUAGUUCUUUGAAUCA